AGUCCGAUAGCGAUUUCCCGACUCCGGAAUGAUAAGAGACAUCGCUACCACUGUUCCAUCCUCGCUGCUAAAAUUCCAAUAACGUGUGGAGCAAACUUAGUGGAGCAGAAGCAGCCUUUCGAAACAGAUAUUACUAUGGACACUCGUUUUCUAACUAUAACUCUCUCAUUCAGGUACCAUCUGUGUUCAUCUUGUCGUGCCGUCCGUCAUCUUCCUCGUACCUACUUCCCACGUAUUCUAAACGAAGUGAUCUGCGGUGAAAGCACUUGUGUUCGUGGGGAUGGAAGAUGUGCACAACGAUUCCUACCUCUGAAGGUUAUUCUGCACAACGAGGGCACGGAUCAGUGUCCAAAAUGGCGGCUCGUCUCCAUCGACCUUCGAACGUGCUGCGAUUGUGCCAUACACAACUAUUCGAAUUUCUUGCGUUACAUUAAUAGAAAAUAA